GGGGCGGCCCGGCGGCGGAGAUGCCGCUGGCCAAAGACCUGGUGCAUCCCUCCUUGGAGGAUGAGAAGAGGAAGCACAAAAAGAAACGUCUUGUGCAGAGCCCAAACUCCUACUUUAUGGAUGUAAAAUGUCCAGGAUGCUACAAGAUCACCACUGUCUUCAGCCAUGCUCAGACAGUAGUUCUGUGUGUAGGGUGCUCAACUGUCCUGUGUCAGCCAACUGGGGGCAAAGCCAGGCUCACAGAAGGCUGUUCAUUUAGAAGAAAGCAACACUGAACAGUUCAGCAUGUGAUUUUUGGAUCUCUGUUCCUGAAAGCCUUACCAGUUUAAAAAUGCCUGCUACAAGAACAAUGUAAUUAUGAUUGAUUUUGUACAAAUUACACUACUACUUCUCACUAAUCUGCUAAUUCUCACUAAUCUGCUGGAAUCUCUUUUUCAAUAAAUGAUCUGAAGUGCAGGUUUUUCCUGUAAGUUUGCAGACAACCGAGCUCUAUUUGCUCUAUUUUUAUAAUUUUAUGUUUAAACAAUAAAAACCUUGGACUUCCUGCAUCCUUCCCCUUGCUGAUCAUAAACUACAGCAGUGUAAUGCAAAUAGUGACAGAAACUGCUUUAAAAAUGCAUUUUGUGUAUUUUAUUACUGCAGCUACCAUAACUGCAAGGGUUGCAAAAACUAGAUAAGAUUUAAAAUGGCUCAUUUGCUUUCAGCGUUGCUGUAGUCCCUUCCCCCUCUUGGGCAAUAUGGUGAUAAAUAAAAAUGAAAAGUUA